AUGCCAUCGAGAAGAUCGCAUAUCAAAUCACAUCAUGGUUGUACUCAAUGCAAACUCCGGAGAGUUAAGUGUGAUGAGCGUCAGCCUGCUUGUUCUAGAUGUAUAGCAUACAAGAGAGGAUGCACGUAUAAUUCAUUGAUCACUCAAGCACCAGGUCAACAUAGUUUCGAACUUCGGCCACCGCAGAAAUCAAAGACCCAAAAGCACAAAACAGCGUUCAUCAGACCUUCAUCUCAUCGUGAACCAUCUCAGAGUCAAGAUCCAAGUUAUGGCAUUCAAGCACCGCUUCCAUUUGGGCGAUACAAAGAAGCAGAUUCACUUCUCUAUCACUAUAUUAAUGUUACUGCUAAGCCCGCGACAUCAGCAUUCAUUAGUCCAGAUCAUAAUAAGUGGGAAGGAGCUGUGCAACGAAGCGCUUCAACUCAUGAAUACGUGUACAACGGAAUGCUCUCCUUUGCCUCCUUACAUCUGGCUGUUUUGCAACCCCAGAAUCGUUCAAUCCACCUAGCCAGAGCGCUUAAAUUUCAAAACACCGGUAUGACAGAAUUUAGACCAGUGUUGGAAAAUGUCACAGCGUCGAAUUGUGAAGCUGCUUUGGGAUUUUCGGGAUUAUUGAUAAGUUCCAUAUAUGCAUUUCCAGUAGCACAAGCCGGACCGGAUAAGCCCAGCGAAAGAUUGUUAGACUAUCUGCCUAUAAUAUUUAGUUUGUUCAAUGGAACCGUGGCUAUAUACCGAAUGGGUUGGAUGAAACGCCUGAAUUCUCCACUCAGUGUGCAUCUUCGGAACAAAGUAGUGACAGCUGACGCAACAAGCACUCCUGCAGAAGGCGAAAAGUACCUCGAGAAAUUAGAGCGUCAAGAAAUUGAAAGGUUAAACGAUCAACAUCUUCGAGAGCUGUAUCACAAUGUAUCUCAAAAAGUUCGUCGAAAUUUAAGAAGGACGGAACAGUUUCCUGGAAGAGCAUGGCCUGGGGCGGCGCCACCAGCAUACAUCGAAUGCAUGAAAGAAAGGGAACCUAUUGCGUUGAUACUGGUCGCUUACUGGGCAGUAGGACAGGAUAGAGGUGUAGGGCAUAACUGGUGGGCGAAGAAUUGGGGGAGAGAUUUGGUGGAGGUAAUCGGAGAGGAGCUGGGAGAAAAUGCAAGAUGGGAGUGGUAUAUGAAGUGGCCGAAGGAAAAAAUGGAACUAAUUUGA